AUGCCUCCUCCACGCGGUGGUUCUUUCAGAAGUCGCGGACCUGGUGGUCGUGGUGGCCGAGGUGGUCGCGGUCGCGGUCGUGGCCGCGGUGGAAGUCGUGGUGGCCGCUUCGCCACUUCGCGAUUGAACGAAGCCGAAUCAGACGAUUCUUCCGGAGAUGAUUCAGCCAGCGAGCUGUCACAAGAGGAAUCUGGUGAUGACGUCUCUAUGGACGACGGGUCCUCCAGCAGCGAGGAAGAGGAGGAAACGACAGAACGCCCAUACAACGAACUUCUUCAAUUACUUCAACCAGCAGAGUCCAGUGGACCCGCUCGGAAGAAGCGCAAGGUUGCGACCGAUACCAAUGAAGAAAUUCAAAUGGCCGACACUGCAGAAGACCCGGAGCCAAGUGGAGAUAACGACUUGGAAGCUCAGGCUCCGUCCGAUGACGAAGAAGAGCAAGAAGACGAUGACGAUGAAGAUCCAACUGGUCCCUUCGAAAGACACUUCGUUCAGCCCGAGAGCACAGAAUUGGUAAAGCAGGCCAACGCCAUCCAGUCCAACAAAUGGACCUCCACCAAGAAAGAGAUAGAUGGGCUACGACUCGUGCAGAGUGUUCCCGAUACAGGUGCGGACAAGGCAACAUUGCUUCCACAAAUGAAAAACACCAAUGGCUUAAAGUUGAAACAAAAGAUCAAGGCUCGCGCCGCAGAGUACCUGCCUAAAAUCAAUGGCCAAGCUCAGAUUAUUGCUCCCUAUGUUUUCGACUAUCAAGACGUUCUCUACGGCGCUCGAUCUCCUUCAAAUGUACAGGAGAUGCGCGACAUCCUUGCCGUGCACGCAGUCAACCAUCUCCUCAAGACUCGUGACCAAGUUCUCAAGAACAGUGCUCGUCUUGCUAAGGACCCAGAUACUGACAUCGAGUGUCGUGACCAGGGAUUCACUCGGCCCAAGGUUCUUUAUAUCUUGCCCACAAGGCAGUCUUGUGUGAAGGUUCUCGAAGCAAUCACUCGGAUCUAUCAGCCUGAGCAACAAGAGAACAAGAAGCGAUUUACAGACGGAUUCUCGGCACCGGAUGACGAAUCAUGGGAGCACAAGACGGAAGAUUUCCGAGAGCUGUUUGGUGGCAACGACGACGACAUGUUCCGCAUCGGUCUCAAGUUCACUCGCAAGACCGUCAAGUAUUUUGCGCAAUUUUACAGCUCCGAUAUCAUCUUAGCAAGCCCUCUGGGUCUACGCACAAUUAUGGAUCAAUCCGAUGCCAAGAAGCGCGACCAUGAUUUCCUUUCCUCAAUCGAACUGGUUGUGGUCGACCACGCCGACGCCCUGCUGAUGCAAAACUGGGACCACGUCGAUCAAAUUUUCCAGCAUCUCAACUUGCAGCCCAAAGAAGCCCACGGUUGCGACUUCAGUCGCGUUCGUAACUGGUACUUAGACAACCAGGCUCGCCAUGUGCGCCAGACCGUGGUCUUGUCAUCCUGCGUCACGCCAGAGAUCAAUGCCCUCUUCUCCAACCAGAUGCAGAACGCCUCCGGUCGUCUCAAAGCAACUCCAACCUACGCAGGUGCCAUCACCGAACUCCCGCUCCCAGUCUCUGUGAAACAAACCUUCACUCGCAUCGACAGUCUGUCGCCAAUGAAAGACCCCGAUGCGCGCUUCAAGCAUUUCACAACCGCAGUCCUCUCAUCCAUUGUGAAGAACAUCACCCAUGGACGUGGUAAGGGCGCAACCGGAACUCUCAUCUUCAUCCCCUCUUACCUCGAUUUCGUCCGCGUGCGCAACCAUUUCUCCACUUCUACGCAAACGACCAACGUCUCAUUUGGCGCUGUUUCCGAGUAUACGGAGCCCAAAGAAGCCAAUCGAGCCCGCAGUCACUUCUUAUCGGGUCGUCAUUCGGUCUUACUGUACACCGAGCGUGCGCACCAUUUCCGACGCUAUCAAAUUCGCGGCGUCAAGCGCGUUGUCAUGUACGGGCUGCCGGAAAAUGCGCAGUUCUACCGUGAGAUUGUUGGAUAUCUGGGUCUUGAUCCGGCUGAAUUGGUUGAUGCUGCCGAAGGCGGUGUUCGUGCUCUUUUCUCCAAGUGGGAUGCCUUGAAGCUGGAGCGUGUUGUGGGUACAUCUCGGACCGGAAAUAUGUUGCGUGAGAAGGGUGGUGAUACCUUUACUUUUGUAUAA